CAUUCCCGCCGCCAGAGCGGUGCAUGGGAGCGGGCAGGGAGCGCAGUGCCGCAGCUCUGCCGCGCUCCCGCCGGGCGCGCCCGGCGGUGGAGCAGCCGCUCCGCCAGGGGGCGCCGGGCGGGAGUGGCGGAAGCUGCGCCUGCUCGGGCAGGUCCUGGCAGCUUCGUGCGGAGCGCACGGUACCAGGCGCGGGGUAGCACCGAUCCGCAGUACCGGGACGGCCCCGCCGGACAGAGCCCGCCCGGCGCCACGCCCCCGCCGGCGGCCCGGUGUCCGUCGCGGUGCCCGCUCUGCGCAGCCGCGGCGCCGUGCGGGCCUGGCAGGACCUCCCACGUAUCCCAUCAACCCCUGCGCGGGGCCCCGCCUCCCUCUCUCGGCGGGGCCUGCCGCGGAGGACGCCAUUGCGCUCCCGGCACCAUGCCUGCCCUCCGGCCUCUCGUGAAACCUAAGAUCGUCAAGAAGAGGACCAAGAAGUUCAUCCGGCAUCAGUCCGAUCGCUAUGUCAAGAUCAAGCGCAACUGGCGCAAACCGAGGGGCAUCGAUAACAGAGUUCGCCGGCGCUUCAAGGGUCAGAUCCUGAUGCCCAACAUCGGUUAUGGCAGCAAUAAGAAGACCAAGCACAUGCUGCCCACGGGCUUUAGGAAAUUCCUGGUCCACAAUGUCAAGGAGCUGGAGGUGCUCAUGAUGAGCAACAAGUCAUACUGCGCAGAGAUCGCUCACAACGUGUCUUCCAAGAACCGGAAGAUAAUCGUGGAGAGGGCGGCCCAGCUCGCCAUCAAGAUCACCAACCCCAACGCCAGGCUGCGCAGCGAGGAGAACGAGUAGAGCAGCCUCUGCCUCCGAGGUGUAUUUAAUAAAGUGUAAAACAGA